AUGCUGUUCAAGUGUCUGACUACUAUUCUCUUCUUACUGACGUGUGUUUUUCACUUUCAGCUCAACUGUGAAGAUAACUGCACACUAAUCAGUCCUCUCAUUUCGAUAUAUUGUGGGAGUGUAUGCGUUAUAUAUGGAACAGCUCAAACUCGAUACUGUGCACUUUCUUGUUCAGUUCAUGCCCCCAAUGAAACGGAGUUUUACAAAUGUGUUGAUCCAUGCUACGAGGAACCAAAGACAAACCAAACGUGCGAGAAACACUGUCGAGACUUUCAUCCACGUCGUCAAUCAUUGAUAUGUCCCAAAGUUUGUCGUGAAAACAUACAAAGUGGUUUUCAUAACUGUUAUUUUCGAUGUGGAAUAAAAACGAAUACUACUGCAGCAUUUAAACAAUGUGCUAACGAUUGUCACAAACCAGGAAAUUCGUGGGAUCCAAAAGAAUAUGAAUCACUAUUUACCUCUCACUCUUAA